GCUGUAAUUUAUUUUCUGCGUUCAAUUGAAGAACAUUUACCUACUAUAGUUGAGGAUCUAAAGAAAGCAAGCUGGAAUUUGACAACAACAGAUGAACCGACGAAAACUUUGAUUAUCAAUGCCUUAUUUCAAGCGAUUAAUGAAAGCAUUUUAUCUGAAGAU